GAUAUUCCGACUUCAAACCACAAACGACUCGACUUCGUGCAGACUUUACAAUCUCCCACCCGCACGUCAAAAUCCAUUCACAAUGUCUCACGCCGAGCUCGCUUCGUCCUACGCGGCCCUGAUCCUCGCCGACGACGGCAUUGAGAUCACCGCCGACAAGCUCCAGACCCUCAUCAAGGCCGCCAACGUCGAGGAGGUUGAGCCCAUCUGGACCUCCAUCUUCGCCAAGGCUCUUGAGGGCAAGGAUGUCAAGGACCUUCUCGUGAACGUCGGCUCUGGUGGCGGUGCUGCCCCUGCCGCCGGUGGUGCCGCCGCUGCUGGUGGUGCCGAGGAGGCUGCUCCUGAGGAGGCCAAGGAGGAGGAGAAGGAGGAGUCUGACGAGGAUAUGGGCUUCGGUCUCUUCGACUAAGCGGUUACGCCGUCACGACUGUUUCCUUGUUCUUUGUACUUCGACUGCAUGGCUUCGGGGUUUCCAAUCAAUCGAUCAUAAAGGAUGGAAUGCGGGCACUAUACCCUGCGCCCUGGACAGAGUUGCUUCUUUCAUACGAUACUAUGACGAAUGCGCUCAACGGAGUUUCGCGGAGGGAGAAUUGGUCAAUUCAAAGGCUCUGAUAAAAAAAAGUCCCGCCAUGGGUGGUUUGAGUUCAAUAUGGGUUUCUUCAAAUUGUGACUACCGUCUAAAGUGAUCUGUGAUUGUGACCAGAGGUUUGAGCACCUCUGUGCCAACUUCUAUCUCUCUGCUUGGGGAGGAUGUUUUCAUUUUUCGUAGCACCAAGCAUAUGCUCUGCUGUUCCCAUCAACGCCACGCCAUGCACACUUUCGCAUCUACGUCAUAAUUUAUUUAACGAUCAAAACAGAUGAAGGAACGAAUCCUGCCUCCUUCAGGGUCUUGGAGAAGUCAACAUCGCCCUCAAAGGUCUUUCGUGGGAAUGUGGUCGUGAAGCUGGUAACAGGGUUUCCUGUCUCGCUCUGGACCUGCUGUGCCAACUCGAACAGUGUUGUUUCGGCGGGCAGAGUCUUGGUGAUAUUUCCGCCGUCUGUCUGCAGGCGAAGUCGGGCCUCGUUGUGGUUGCUCUUGGGCUUAGCCGCAGCGGCAACAGUGGCGGCGCUGCUAGGUGUAGCAGCCUCAGCCUGGGGAGCUCGGCCCUCUCUGGCGGCCUUGGCCUCCUCUGCCUUUCGGCGUCUUUCGGCUUUGUCGGCCUCGAUCUUGGCCUUGAUGCGUCGCUUGGCCUCUUGAUCCUCGAUCUUCUCCUGUCGCUUUGCUGCAGCUUCCUUGACGGCCUGCUUUUUGGCCAACUCUUCCUUGGCU